GCUGUAGGCCGAAACCGCCGUGGGGCCGCCACCACGCCUUUCGGUGGCGUCGCCCGCCACUCUGGGCCGGCGAGGUAGGCUGAGCCAAGCUGCGGUAGCCCUAGGCUCUCCCGCGGCUUAGAGGGCCGGGCUCCUGGGGUGGCCUCGGUAACGCGCAGGUCCUGGACCGCGGGGAGCUGGGGAGGCGCGCUCCCGCGGGGGAGGGGCCGGGAGCAGAACUUCGCCUCCCGCCCCUAGCGCUCCAGAACUAUGAGCGCACACGGGUCGGCCGCCUCCCGAGACUCUGGCGGCGGGAGGGGCCGGGAGGCAGAGAGCGCGCCCGGAGCCGGGGGCACAGCUGCCCAGAUCUCCGACCCGGACUCCAACUUGGGCGCGGCCACAUCCUCCGCGUCCGGGUCGAGCAUCCGUUCUGAGUGGCGGACCUUCUCCAGUCCAUUUUCCAGCUUCCUGUCCAACGCGUCCACAGCGGACCCCGGACACGAGAACUCCGGCGCGCCCGCCCAACUCGGCUCCAGUCCCGGCCCGAGGACCAACACAGACUCUAGGAUUGGCCUCUGGGGCUUCGGCGCCCACGGCCUGAACUACCAGAUCCCCAUGUCUGCCACCCGCCAGAGCACCGCCGAUGGGGCCGCCCCAGCCUCCAACACGGACGCCGGCCACCCGCGGGUACCGGUACAAGGACCUGCCCCGCCCUCAGGCCCCCCUCGAGUGUCAGUACCUGAGUCUACCCCGCCCGCGGUGCAAGGCUCUCCCCGAAUAUCAGUACCAGGAUCUCCUACAUCCACCAACUCUACCCGAGAGUCAGUGCAAGGGUCUGUCCCGCCCUUGAUGCCCGGCUUCCUCAGGGUAUCGAUGCCAGCACCUCCAACACCCGGUAACAUUCCCGAAGUGUCAGCACACGGGGUCGCCCCGCCCUCGGUGAUGGGCUCCUCCUGGAGUACGGUGCAAGGACCUCCCACACCCAAUAACUACCCCCUAGUGUCAUCGCUAGCGUCCUUGCAGUUCUCAGGACCCGGCUCCCCCCGACUAUCAACGCAUGGACCUGUACGGCUCUCGGAAUCCUCCCAAGUGUCCUUGCAAGGGUCUGCCCCGCCCUCAGUGCUCACCUCCCCCCGGAGUUCACUGGGAGGAUCUGCCCCACACUCGGACUCCUCCCGAGUGUCGUCGCAAGGGUCCGCCCAGCCCUCGGAGCUCAGCUCCGUCCCGGUUUCUCCGCAAGUAUCGGCCCAGCUCUCGGAGUCCUCCCGAGCGUCGGGACAAGGGUCUACCCCGCUCUUAUUGCCGGGCUUCCCCUGGGAUUUCAUACAAGGACAUCUUACACCCAGGAACCCCCGAGCGUCGGGACAAGGGUCCACCCCGCCCUCAGCUCCCAACCCUGCCCGGGAUUCUGUGCAAGGACCUCUUACGCCCCGGAACAACCCCGGAGGGUCGGCACAAGGGUCCACCCAGCCCUCAGUGCCAGGUGCCCCCCGAACAUCCGCGGAAGGAUCGGCUCCGCCCCCGGGCUCCCCUGAAGGAGUCGUACUAGCGGCCGCUCCGCCCUCUUUGCCGGGCUCUGCCUGGGUGUCUGUGGAAGAAUCGGCUCCGCCUCCGGACUACCCCCGACAAUCGGUAGAAGGGUCCGCCCCGCCCUGGGCACGGUCCAUUCCUAUACCUACGCCCCCGGAGAGUCACAACCAGAGCAUGGCGAGUCGGGAGAAGGCGAGUACAGCUGGCCACAUGUACGACGUAGUCGUGAUAGGAGGCGGCAUCUCAGGAUUGUCUGCUGCCAAGCUCUUAGCUGAACAUGGGGUUAAUGUUUUGGUUUUAGAAGCCCGGGACAGAGUUGGAGGAAGAACGUACACCGUGAGGAAUGAACAUGUCAAUUACGUAGAUGUUGGUGGAGCUUAUGUGGGGCCAACCCAGAACAGAAUCUUACGGCUGUCUAAAGAAUUAGGGCUCCAGACUUACAAAGUCAACGUAAAUGAGCGUCUGGUGCAAUAUGUCAAGGGGAAAACUUAUCCGUUUCGGGGAGCCUUUCCUCCAGUGUGGAAUCCCAUUGCCUAUUUGGAUUACAACAAUUUGUGGCGGACAAUGGAUAACAUGGGGAAGGAGAUUCCAGCAGAUGCACCAUGGGAGGCCCCACAUGCUGAGGAAUGGGACAAGAUGACCAUGAAAGAUCUCAUCGAUAAACUCUGCUGGACAAAGACUGCUAGGCGGUUUGCAUCGCUCUUUGUGAACAUCAACGUGACCUCUGAGCCCCACGAGGUGUCGGCGCUGUGGUUCUUGUGGUACGUGAAGCAGUGCGGAGGCACCACUCGGAUAUUCUCUGUCACCAACGGGGGCCAGGAACGGAAAUUUGUGGGUGGAUCGGGUCAAGUGAGUGAACGGAUAAUGGACCGCCUCGGGGACAGAGUGAAGCUGAGGCGUCCUGUCACCUUUGUGGACCAGUCAGGUGACAACAUCAUCAUCGAGACAUUGAACCAUGAACUUUAUGAGUGCAGAUACGUAAUUAGUGCCAUCCCCCCAACUUUGACUGCCAAGAUACACUUCAUCCCAGAGCUUCCACCAGAAAGAAACCAAUUAAUCCAGCGUCUUCCGAUGGGGGCCAUUAUAAAGUGCAUGAUGUAUUACAAGGACGCCUUUUGGAAGAAGAAGGAUUAUUGUGGUUGUAUGAUCAUCGAAGAUGAAGAAGCUCCAAUUUCAAUAACCCUGGACGACACCAAGCCAGAUGGAUCACUGCCUGCUAUCAUGGGCUUCAUACUUGCCCGAAAAGCAGACCGACUUGCCAAGCUCCAUAAGGAAAUAAGGAAAAAGAAGAUCUGUGAGCUCUAUGCCAAAGUGUUAGGAUCCCAAGAAGCUUUACACCCGGUGCACUACGAAGAGAAGAACUGGUGCGAGGAACAGUACUCCGGGGGCUGUUACACCGCCUACUUCCCCCCUGGGAUCAUGACUCAAUAUGGAAGGGUCAUUCGAGAUCCGGUUGACAGGAUUUACUUCGCUGGCACAGAGACGGCUACACACUGGAGCGGUUACAUGGAAGGGGCAGUAGAGGCCGGUGAACGGGCAGCUAGAGAGGUCUUGAGUGCUCUGGGGAAGGUGGCCAAGAAAGACAUAAGAGUCCAGGAGCCCGAAUCAAAGGAUGUACCGUCUAUGGAGAUUACCCACACCUUCUGGGAGAGGAACCUGCCUUCCGUGACAGGCCUGCUGAAGAUCAUUGGAUUUUCCACAUCCGUCACUGCUCUGUUGAUUGUGGCGUACAAAUUCAGGCUGCUGACACGAUCCUGAAGUUUCGGCCUCGAGCUUUCUGCUUACUCUUCCCCAACAUCAUCAAAAGCAAAAAUGUUGGUGAAGGCUGUAUCAUUGGACCAUCUUUAAAUGCACUGGUUUUCAUCCAUAAGUUUAGUCUCGGUGUCAGAGUAAAAACAACCCAAAAAAUCAGCUCGUUAAUUUCAAUAAGAUCAAAUUCCAUCGCAUUAUUUGCCUUGUGUAGACAAACUUGGGUUGACUGGUAGAAUAAAACCCUGUGAUCCACCCCUUAAUUUCAAGAUGCCUAAUUGAAGUGCUGAUGAGAAACAAUUUCUGCGUCCUGUUUUGCUCUUCUUUAACAUGAAAUGUCUGAUGAUUGUAGAAAUGAAGUGUUCUGCUUCCUCUUUGUAGACGUUGAGUAGGUGACGGCCCAGCCUGUGACUGUCCUUUUCAGUCCUUAGGAAAGAGUGAAGUGUAGGUCCAGAGCCCAGAGGCUCGCAGCUUCCCGGGGGUGAGCAGCUCCCCCUCUGGAUGAGGGGUAGUAAAUGAAAGCAAUGGAGGCGUAGACCAUUGAGGGACAUCUUAUGGGCCGUCCUGGCCACUUCUGCUUCCUGUGAAGUUUCUAGACAUCUAGUCUGGUGUUUCAGGUGACUUCCUGUGACCUGUGUGCAGCUCCCCCGGGGAGCAGAGUGAACUAGUGGCAGGCGUAUCCCCCAGGAGGCCUCCUGAUGAGGUCCACAUGACACCCACUGCAGUAGGCAUCUUCCCUGCCUCCUGGAAUAUGGCUAGAUGUCAUGAUAACCUUCUUUGCCGAUUUCAAGAAAGUAUUUUCCUUUUUUCGGGUAGACCCUGGCUGUCUGAAGGCCCCUAGUGGUAUAUUUUUUUUUCUUUUUUCCUAGGACCACAGUAGAAUUAGGCAUUCCUGUUAACUUAAAUGACAGAGGUACCUUUGAGUAAAUAUUAGCCUGCUGAUCUCUCUCGAAUAGGAACUGAAAUACACAUGAUAAAUUUCUGGUGGCUAUUUGUUGAGACUAUCAAAUAGAGAAAGGAAAUUGGGGCUUUAUAUUAUAACUUCACUCGCUUUAGUUGUUAAGUUUAUGACAGACAUGAAAUUGAGUGAUUUUAAUAUGAAGACUGAGUUCUCUAUUUUAGGAGUAAUGUGGGCCCAGAACAGUGCCCACUUCUUUCUGGCCUUUCCCAUUUUAAAAAUUCAGAUUUUUUUUUAAAGUCCCUUCCAGAGGUUUCAGCCAUAAGACUACCGUUUUACAUAUAAGCAUCUGGGGAAAAAAUCAGCACCGAUGUGACCAAAUAAAGCAGUUGACAAGAUUCAGUGGACUUGGGUAUACAGGUGAAUACAUAGUAACACCUUAUCCCACAUCAGUGAUGAAUGAGACAUUUCAUUUUAGGUGAAGUUUCUAGGUAGCCGAAGUGUACUCUUUCAUUUGCCAAAAAUUUUAAGUAAAAAUUUUGAUGGGCAUACUUCCAUACAUGAUUCAACAAGCUUCAUUCAAAUUCACCUUCUUAAAUUAAUCAGGCCAAUCCUUAUGUGUCUCAAUCAUUUUAUACUUUUAUAAGAGAGUAAUACUGCUGUGUUUGCCCGUCUACUGAAUGUCACAUGGUUGUUUUAUAACUCGUGAGUCUACUGCUUGUCUCAUACUGCUUCUCCCAUAUUCGGGAUUUUCAUACCCUUUUUAUCUCCUAAUACCUCUGAACCUACUCUCCUAUCUUUAUUGAACAGAAUUAAAGGUUGCCAGAGAAGAUCAACCUAAGUUUAUUCCAUAAUUAACCUUAUAAAUUCACAAGUCACUGGACCCUGAUAAUGAGGGGUUAAGGUGUUCCAGUUUUGCCUAUCCUAAGAGCAAAGAGCAGGAGUUUUCUGCCACUCUUUAUUUUGUAAUUGAAAAGCGUUUUAGCUAAUGUAGGAGUUUGGGUAAUGUCUUGGAUGUGCUCCAGUCCGUAAGGAGUUGCCACACAUUAUAUCAAACUGCUCAGAGAAAUCACAUCCCUGAUCUAUUUCAGUUGUUUCUGUUCACUUACUGAUUAACUUGGUUCUGACACACCUUUUGGGAAAUGCUGACUUAAACUUAACUAGCAACAGUUUUAACAGUAAGGAGGUUGUUAACGUAUCUAAGUCUUUAAUGCUGAUGGACUCCUGAGUAUGUGAUUUACCCUCUUUUCAAACUUUUUAGAAAACCAAUGAAUUUACCCUAAUGAAAUCACCCCUGUUAAACUGUAGAUUAAACUAUAGACUGAGCUUAAAAAUAAAUGCUUUUCUAGGUGUUCUGAGAUAGGAAAUCAGAGCUGAGAACUCCCACCAUUUUAUUUGUCCACCACCAAGAUCCGAUAGGCCUUUCUUCCCACCCCAAGAAACCACAGCCAGUUCAGGAGGCUGACAGAGCCUGGCAUUUGUUUCACAGUCCUGAAGGCUGCGUUGGCCUCACUCCACAGUAAGGUCGAGAAUUAGACAUUAAAAGGUAACCUUUUUGUCACGGCUCUUAAAUAAGGACUUGGACCGCACUGAAGAGAAAAUACCGAAGGAUUGUGAACUCUGCUUGGUUUGACUGUGAACUUGGUGCCUAGUGUUCUGUCUGAAAUGUACGCAGUGCUACAUGUGGGAGUUCGCCUAUGUGUGUGUUUUGCCAUUGAAUUAACGAGUUUGCUUGUGUGUUAAUAAAGUGCACUACCAUCCCUGA